AUGGCCACCUUCUACACGCCAUUAGCUAUAGCUCUGCUAUUCUACAAAGUCAUUCCUGCCUCAACUUCCUGUUUACCCGGCUGCUCUUGCACAAAUGACAACUUGGGAAAGUAAGUUGUUUGUUGUCAGUCCUUUCGUAGGCGACCUAGUUUUGUCCCGAGUUUCCUUACCGUGUCAGUACGGUUAUGCAGUAGUGACUGAUCAAGUGUAGCCUAUUGCUGAACUCAGUGGUGGAUUUUCAUGACUGGUUUAAACAAUGGACAAUGUGGAGAGAUACCAUUUUACAUUUUAGUCAUUUAGCAGACGCUCUUAUCCAGAGCGAUUUACAGGAGCACGUCCACAGAUUUUUUCACAUAAUAGGCACUUAACCGCUAGGCUACCUGCCGUCUGUGUCUGUUAAAUGAAUAUAUAUAAAUUAUUCUAACCGUACUUCCAUAACCCACAAUGUUUUUGUUUGAUUUUAGAUCCUUACUUUGCAUGGAAACCGCCAUGGGACGAAUCCCAGACAACGUUCCAAAUGACUUCAGUAAAAUCCGAAUAGAGAAUUCCCACCUGACCGAAUUACCUCGCGGCUCCUUCGCUACGGUGAACGCCUUGGCGUCUCUGUGGUUGAAUUUCAACGACAUCACCCUGAUGAACGUCAAGAGUCUCGAGGGGCUGACGAAUUUAACGGAACUGCGGCUACAGGGAAACAAGCUGCGUUCAGUCCCAUGGACGGCGUUCCAGGACACGCCGAACCUGAAGAUUUUGGACCUGAAACGCAACCGACUAGACGUGCUCCCGGAAUCCGCCCUGAGACAACUACCAGGCCUGACUUAUUUAGACUUAUCCUUCAAUCAGCUUACCGUCAUAUCCAGGGAUGUCUUCCUCAACUGGCCUCUCCUCAACACGCAGGAGAGAAACGGAGGUAAAGAGGCCAGCAGUGGAGAGGCCAACGUCGUUUUAGCGCUGCAGGACAACCCUUGGCUGUGUGACUGCCGCCUCAAAGGUUUCCUUGAGUUUAUCAAAACCGUUAGUCCACCUCUAAUUCUGAUGAACUCGUACCUGACGUGCACGGGCCCGAGUUCCAGGGCGGGAAAGUUCUUCCACGAGGUCGGUUUGAAAACAUGUAUGAAACCCGAGGCCUCAGCCUCAGAAACCAACAUGACGGUGUCGCUGGGGGACAAUGUAACCCUCCAGUGCUUAGUCAAAGCCAGGCCUGACCCCGCCAUCCACUGGUCAUACAACCUGAAGAUUAUAAGGGGAUUUACUGGUAAGGUUUUAUUUAAUUGCAACUUCUAGGCUAUCAUCCAUUAGAUUGCUGUGACUUUGCUGCAGUGGGGUAUUUACCAUGAUCAUGGUCAGUCAUAGUUUAUUGUAAGCUACACCACUUUGAUGACAUGAUUUAGGACAAGUGGGCUAAUGCAUGUGUAUGUCAUUCAUGACUUUGGUAGGCUAUUGGUGUUUCUAAGUAGAAAAGCCAUAGAUUGAUUGCAACAGUUUGUCCCAGCGUUUCUUGUAGGCAAUCUCAACGAUAAUGUCUAAUGCAACAUAUUACUGUAAAUACUGUAAAUAUACAAUAUGUACCUGUUUAAACACCAACAACUCAACACCCACAAUGAUGUAUGCAGAGUAGGUCUGUCUUGUUGAUGAAGUUGUAACAUCCCACUGGGCAAAGACGUCAAUUCAACGUCUAUUCCACGUUGGUUCAACGUAAUUUGAUUGAAAUGACGUGGAAACAACGUUGAUUCAACCAGUGUGUGCCCAGUGGGAUAAUUCUCCUUUCUCUCCCUCUUCAGUCUCAGAGACCCGUGUGGACGAUGAGACCGUCAGAUCUCAGCUGGUCAUCCCAUCCCUACACAUGGCGGACCGAGGUGUCUACACCUGCUUCGCCAACAACUUCAUCGGCAACUCCUCCGUCAGUUUCCUGGUCAACAUCAAGUCUUUCAACGCCUCGUCCUCCGGCGGUGCCGCCAUGUCUCCUCCCCCGUUCCUCCUGGCCUCGGCCGACGAGAACAUCUACAUCGACAUCCGCAUCUCCAAGCAGACGGUCUACGGCAUCACUCUGGAGUGGUACGCUGCGACAGACAACCCAACAGAAACCUGGUUCACCAUCCAUUUGGGGAAAUACCACUCCGACAAAAAGGAGUUGACAUACAUCGGGCCGGGCAUCAACACAUAUUCGGUCGACAACCUCCUACCGGUUACUAAAUACGAGGUGUGUGUGACGCUGAAGAACCAGACGCCUCGCGCCGGCCAGUGCAUCGUGUUCGUAACAGGAAGUGACAUCAGCCAGCUGGAACAACGGGAGAAGCUCAUCCAUAUUAUGGUGAUCGUGUGCGUCAUGGGGCUGGCGGUGCCCGUGGGCAUGUACGCCUGCACCACCGACACCAGAUGUACGUUCAGCUGCCUGGACCGCUGUACGGAGCAGUGUAAGAGGAGGAGGCGGCAGGAGAAGACCCUGAGGACGAAUGGGGAGAGACAGGGGACCUUCGACAGCCUCCAGGCCACCAGCGAUGAAGGACUCUGUCGUGACUCUGAAGAGGUGAUGAUGAAGAGGAGGUCCUCCCAGGAUAAAAACAACCACAAGGGCAGAGCACAAGAUCCACCAGAGACAACCAUUGGAGCAAAGCUUUAUUAG